AUGGCAUCGAACCGCCUUCGACGAGUAGCCAAGGAGAUGGCAGAUAUCCAGAACGAUGCGGAGUCUAAGAUCCUCUGCGAAGCAGCAGAUGGGCAAGACCUGACGCACCUUCAUGCCUCAUUUCCGGGGCCUCCAGACACGCCAUAUGAGGGCGGCACAUACGUGGUCAAUAUCGUUAUCCCCAACGAAUAUCCCUUCAAGCCUCCGAUCAUGAAGUUCAUCACCAAGCUGUGGCACCCGAAUGUUAGCAGCCAAACGGGAGCUAUCUGUCUGGAUACCCUAGGAACAGCCUGGUCACCGGUUCUCACUAUCAAAUCCGCCCUCCUCUCUCUCCAAUCCCUCCUCAGCACACCCGAACCGAAAGACCCGCAGGACGCAGAGGUGGCCCGUAUGCUCAUGAAUAACCCCGAACAAUUCCAGCAGGUUGCGCGAGAGUGGGCUGUCAAGCAUGCUUCGGCGCCCACGUCAACGAGUUGGGAUGCUACGAGAGCCUCGCAGACGUUAGCCAAGCCGAAGUCUCAGAAAUUUCUGAGUCAAGAAGAGGAGGAGCGGCAAUUGGCUUUGAGAUAUCAAGGGUACAACAGAGACCUGAUUGACAGAUUCGUUGCCAUGGGGUUCGAGCUAGAUUCGGUGGUCGCUGCAUUCCUCUUCGUCAGUAUCGACAGGAACGAUGGGCAGGACUACGAGCUCGAGGAGGCAUACAUGGGAGACAUCACGGCCCGGCUCUUGGGCGAGCCCUGA